UUGUCGAUUGGCCCGUUCGCUUUUAGAGGAGUGGUUAGCGUUGACAACCCGGAAAUGAAGUGCGUUCACAUCUAGGUGACAAACGGUCGAUUUCAAGCAAAACAAUGGCUUCUACCGGAGGAGCCCAUCCGCCACCAGAGGGAGGUUCAGGUCCAGACCCUCAGACUCCUGUCUUGAGGAUCAACCAGCUGGAUGCCUUUGAGCUGGACUCUGCUCUGGACCAGCUGGUGUGGAACCAGUUCUCCCAGUGUUUCCAACACUUCCGCCCAGGCCUGCUCACUCCUGUGGAGCCUGAACUCAAGGCCCUGCUCCAGCUCCUUCUCUGGAGGUUCACAGUCUACCCCAACAGUGCUACGGUGGGCCAGUCUAUGAUGAACCUCCGUUACCACAACACUCUGUCACUAUCCCAGCGCUACAGGGCCCUGAGCAGGAGACAGAGGCUGGGCCUGGCCCUGCUGACAGUCGGCCCCCGCUGGCUGACGGAGCGAUCCCACAGCUUGCUCCUCUCCCUGGGGUUGGGGCUGGGCGGCAGUCCCCCGGCCAAUGGAGGUCUGCGUCUGGGACUGCGUCGAGUUCUUUCUCUGAUCACCGGCCUUACCCAGGUAGCCAAUCUGAUCAACUUCCUGGUGUUCCUGAGGAAGGGGCGCCACCCAUCUCUGACAGAAAGGAUCCUGGGUAUCCGUGCGGUGUUCACUAAGCCCCAGGCGGUCCGGGAUGCAGCCUUCCAGUACAUGAAUAGAGAGCUGCUGUGGCAUGGCUUCGCUGAGUUCCUCAUCUUCCUCCUCCCUCUAGUCAACAUGAGGAAGAUCAAGACAACCAUGUAUUCACUUCUCUACCCCCUAGGAGUGGGUGAGGGAGGGGAGGAGGGGGUGAGAGAGGGCUCAGCGGUUUGGAAGGAGUGUGCUCUGUGUGGGGAGUGGCCUACCAUGCCUCACAUGGUAGGUUGUGGUCAUGUGUUCUGUUACUACUGCGUCAAGAGUCACUCCAUCGCCGACGCCUACCUGACAUGUCCUAAGUGUGGCGUAGAAGUCGGGGAGGCAAAGGCUGUCAAACUGCAGAUCGAGAUUACUGACAUCCACGCUAGAUGAUAAUGUCACAUCCAGUCACGGAACACACACAACACGUGUUUACUUGUAAAGUGAGCUUUUGGUGACACUCAAGGUCACAGUGAAUGGAUUUCAAUACACAGUGUCUAUAGAAAAAUUGACAUUUACACAUGCACACACACAAACACAGACAGACAUUCAGAAAUACACACACACACACAAAGGGUCUCAGAGGGGCCCUUUAACUGAGCAAGGUUUCUUUGCUUAAGAUACUCUGGGUGACGAUGGAAGAUGCACUGGAAAGACAAGAUGAUGAUGACUGAGAUUCAGUCUGUUGUAUGAACAGACAGGGCCUGUCUGCCCAUGUAUAAUGUAUGUGAGCACACACUCACUGACCAUCAUGCUCCUGUUGCCCCUCCAUUCCUACUGUUAGACUUUGGACAGACCUGUUUGUUCACACAGCUCUGAGUGACUGUUGGAGAAACACAGAGCAUAUAUUUGAUGAAGAAAUGUGUUGAUUUUUGCCCCAAAUUGGCCUUGUGCUGCUCUGUUCUGUUCAAAUGGGAAUAUUUGUUCUGAUGAAAAAUGCAAAAACAUGACUGACGGGACUAAUAAAUAAUGGAUGAUUUUCUGUUGCUCAUCACCGCUAUCGAAAUUUGCAUCUGUUUGUAUUUGUGCCUAAAUUCUGUUCAUUAAUAAAAUGUAGUCAAUUUAAUUAA